AUCUGUUCUGUUUGCAGAAAUUUGAGGCUAAUCUUUCUCGCUGAAAGCUCACAAUCUUAUAUUCAUCCUGCUGAAAGUCCUCAUUGCUCGGGAAAUCCUCUAUCAAGAGUUCUUCUAGAAAGAUAGCAUGGAGGACACUUGCCGAAUUAAAAAAGAUGUUACAGAAUUGAUAGGAAAUACCCCAAUGGUAUAUCUCAACAGAGUCGUAGAUGGUUGCUUAGCACGAAUUGCUGCCAAGCUAGAGUCUUUUGAGCCAGGCAACAGUGUGAAAGACAGAAUUGGAUAUAGUAUGAUCAAAGAUGCAGAAGAAAGGGGCUUGAUCACUCCAGGCAAGACUGUCAUCAUUGAGCCUACAAGUGGAAACACUGGAAUUUCGGUGGGACUCAUUGCAGCAGCGAAGGGAUACAAGUCUAUCAUCACGAUGCCAGCAUGUGCCAGUCUUGAAAGGAAAAUUGUACUCCGAGCCUUCGGAGUUGAGGUUUAUCUCACAGAUCCAGAUAAGGGCUUUGAGGAGGUUCUUAGGAAGGCGGAGGAGUUACUAAGUAAUAUCCCUGACAGCUUUAUGCUCAGGCAAUAUGACAAUCCUGCCAAUCCACAGAUUCAUUAUGACACAACUGGUCCAGAAAUAUGGAGAGACACUGGAGGAAAAGUUGAUGCUGUGGUUGCAGGCAUAGGAACUGCUGGGACAAUAGCUGGUGUUGGGAAAUUUCUCAAGGAGAAAAAUCCGAAUAUUAAGGUGAUUGGCGUGGAACCGGUUGAAAGUGCAAUCCUAAGUGGAGGAAAACCAGGUCCACAUUUGAUUCAAGGCAUAGGCCCAGGCUAUGUUCCAUUUUUUGAAGAUAUUGAUAAGAUUGAUGAAAUUAUUCAGGUAACAGGUCCGGAAGCUGUUGAAACUUCGAGAAAGAUUGCUUUGAAAGAGGGUUUAUUGGUAGGAAUUUCCUCCGGGGCAUCAGCAGCAGCAGCAAUGAAGUAUGCAAAGAGGCCAGAAAAUGCUGGGAAACUCAUAGCUGUAAUCUUUCCAAGUGCUGGAGAGCGUUAUCUGUCAACUGCACUGUUUGCAUCAGAGAGGCAAGAAGCAGAGAAGAUGACUUUUGAUUGAAAUGUUAACUACUCAAGAAAGUAGAAAUAUGUAUAAUCAUUUCUGUUGA